UAUAACUGUUUUAAAACAGACGAGGUUACAUUUCUCAUUGUCUCUUUAAGGAAAUAAGAACAGGCUCCGGUUUGUGUGUUGGCUUUUUUUUUAUUUUCAAAAUGUCCAUUAGAUACAUCCUUUUUGUACGGCAUGGAUGUUAUCAACCAGACGCGUUUCCGAUCUUAGGCGGAGAAAAUGUUUCCUAAUUAAUUAUCGUUGAUUUAAAAUAAUAAAACUAGGCGGCUGCAUUUUUAUUUUUUUGUUACUACGGCGUCCGGCAUGCUUAAGGUUGUAAGGGGAAGAUAAUGUUCAUUCAUUAAAGAUGCAUCUGGAGGAAUUGGUGCGGCCCAGCACACGAAACAGGGACCCAUCGACAUGAGCGGCAAAACUAACAUGGAGGCUCAAUCCAAAGAACCCGAUGGCACCCCGACUGAGCCACUGCCCUCCUCCGGUGGUGAGACCAUCCUCAUCUGUGACAGUGUUGCCAAGAAACCACGAGCCCAGCCCCACACCACCACCACCACCACAGCUCUCCUCCUGCAAGGGAUGAAUGCACUGUUUCCUGCAGCUCCUCCUGGUCACCAAAAAGUGGAGCUGACUCAAGCCCUCGCCGUGGCAAACCCAGGUAAAGGCAGCCGACCAAAUGAGAUAACUGCCCCCACCCUGACAGCACAGGUCGGGGGGGCUUGUAGCAUCGUCCAUGUCCUGGAGUGGAAGGAGGGGAUGGCCAUUCUGCCCAGUAGCAACCUCAAGUUCUGUGUGAGUGACGUAGGGACUCUGAGCACGCUGAUAACCCCCGGGACCGCCACCGGCGGCCCCACUGACCCAGCAGCAGGGACCUCUGGAAGAUCCAUUGAGGCAGAACGCGCUCCAGACAAACCAGCACCAGAAUUGUCUGUUCCUGUUGUCGCCGUGAGAGCCGCGGCUGUGGAGCCGGAACGGCUGGUGCCGGUCAAACCCGAGGUCCAGGUGGGGCCAGAGCAACAGAACCAUGAUCCCAGAGCACAGAGGAGCUACGUGGAGGAGCUCCGCAGGGACCCCGUCCUGGACAAGAGGAGCAUCAGUGUGGAGAAGGUACCUGCAGGUGGGAGGGUCUCCUCCCUCAACCCAGACCACAUGAAACCCAUGAGGAAGAGGAAGAGGAAGGAGUACCUGAGUCCGUCUGACGAAGAUUCCGACAUGGACGGCACGGAUGAGAAGAUGGAUUACUCUAAAGCUGAUGGCCGGCACAUCAGAGGAGGUGGGGACAGUAAGACUGAGGAAUGGACCUGGGCUCAGUAUCUGGAGGAAACCAAAUCUGUUGCUGCUCCCAACAAACUCUUCCAUCAGGCACAAAGAGUCCCCACGGUGAAGAACGGCUUCAAGCAGGGGAUGAAGCUGGAAGGCAUCGACCCGCAGCAUCCGUCCAUGUACUUCGUCCUCACCGUGGCUGAGGUGUGCGGUUACCGGCUGCGGCUCCACUUUGACGGUUACUCUGACUGUCACGACUUCUGGGUGAAUGCCAACUCUCCCGAUAUCCACCCCGCAGGCUGGUGUGAGAGCACAGGACACAAGCUGCACACCCCCAAAGGCUGUAAGGAGGAGGAGUUCACAUGGACCAACUAUCUGAGGAUGACUAAAGCUCAAGUCGCUCCCAAAGAACUUUUUGCCAGUCCUGGGAGGAUGGAUGUGAAGUGUGGCUUCGAGACAGGAAUGAAGCUGGAGGCCGUAGACCGGAUGAAUCCUUCGCUCAUCUGCGUCGCAACCGUCACAGACUUGGUGGACGACCGCUUCCUGGUUCAUUUCGACAACUGGGAUGAUACAUAUGACUACUGGUGUGACGCCAGCAGCCCGUAUAUUCAUCCUGUUGGUUGGUGCCAGGAGAGGAACCUUCCGCUAACACCACCCCAAGAUUAUCCUGACCCCGGGCAGUUUUCCUGGUCUCGGUACCUGGAGGAGACCGGUUCUAAGGCUGUGGCGGCGGAUGCCUUUAAAGUGAGGCCUCCUCACAGCUUCCAGCCUCAGAUGAAACUGGAGGCCGUGGACAAGAGAAGUCCUGGUCUGAUCAGAGUGGCCACAGUGGAAGAAGUAGAGACCAACCGCAUUAAGGUGCAUUAUGAUGGUUGGAGUCACGUCUACGAUGAGUGGAUGGACUCCGAUCACCCAGACAUCCACCCAGCAGGCUGGUGCGAAGCGACAGGUCACCCCCUGAAAGUUCCUCCUCGGGAUGCUAAAAGUCACCAACCACAUGGUGUGAGAGAGCCUCCUGCUCUGGGCCAGAACACCUACCCUGCCACGGUUCCCUGCAAACCCAUCAGCCACCCCAGAACCAACAAGUACAGUUUUCACAACAGGAAGUGUCCAACUCCAGGUUGUGAUGGUUCAGGUCAUGUGACCGGUCGCUUCACGGCACAUCACUGCAUAUCUGGCUGUCCGCUGGCGGAGCGCAAUCAGGGCCGGCUGAAGGCCGACCUGUCCGACUCCGAGUGCAAGAGAAAUCUCUUCUUCGGCCAGAGGACUAAGAAAACCCAUUACCGUGGCAGGAUUGGCCGUCCGCCCAAAUACAGAAAGAACCAGCAGAGGGACUACCAGAACAUGUCCUCAGAGGGAGUGUAUCCAUCCCUGUUCAUGUCGGCUCUGAGCGGUCAGUCAGACCGGACUCUGUCUCUCUGCUGGGAGCAGCACUGUAAGCUGCUGCCUGGAGUUCAGGGCAUCCACGCCAGCCAGGUGGCGACAUGGAGCGUUGAUGAGGUCUUCAGGUUCGUCCAGAAUUUGACUGGCUGUGAAGAACAGGCUCGUCUCUUUAAAGAGGAGAUGAUUGAUGGGGAAGCUUUGCUGCUGCUCACCCAGACCGACAUUGUGAAAAUCAUGAGCAUCAAGCUGGGGCCCGCCCUCAAGAUCUCCAACGCCAUCCUCAUGUUCAAAACCACAGACGAGGGACUCAAGUGAUAUCACCUCCGCUCACUAGAGUGAGGUGUCAGUCAUUGUGUGCCAAAUCCAUUCUGUAGCAGGGUAACGAAGAAACCCUGAAGACGUUUAUUUUCCAUGUGUUUGGUGUCUUGUGCCCAUCAGAGAGAGGGAUGGGAAAGGGGAAGGCGGGACUGGAUCGGGGGAGAAAUAAAGCUGUGGAGAAGAGGACGCUGGGCUAGAAACCGGUGAUCGUUUUUACAACUAAUCGAGGAAUCUUGUUUGAAAAUUGGUGAAAGAAAGGUAGUUUUGCUAAAUUUCUUUGAUUGGCCAAACAUUAAGAAAUCUGCAUCAUGUCGGGGUUGCCUGUGGUGUGUUGGACUAAAAUUUGAAGUAUGCACUCCAUCUUAAGCUAAACGUUGGUUUUAUGUUGGUGUUAAGGUGACAGUAUCGUCAAACUAGCUCUAUAAAAACUUCCUGACAGGAAAUUGCUGCUUGCAAGCUGUAAGAGUGGUCCAAUACAAUAUCCCUGGGUUUAGUGGAAAGUAUAGUAGAAAGGUUAAAGUAAAUAGUUAGAUUAUUCAUAUAAACUGAAAGAAAGAAAACUGAAAAAGAUAAGAGAUGAGAGGAGUGGACAGUCUAAAACGGGAAGAAGUAAAACGGAAGUGUUGAUUGCAGUAAACGAGGCCGGACAGUGAGGCCUCUGUGAGCCUUACAUUUUGUGCAAUAAUAAAUUCGAAUGGGUGCUAUCUGCUCAGAAACAGCUCCCUAACUGUUGCUCUCCAACUAUGAAAUUAAAAAUAAGCUACUUUCCUCAGUCUGUUGGAGGCUUCACGCACAGUAAAAACAAAGUAUCCUUAUAAUCAAGAGUGUCAGUUGUUUGUACUUCAAAUGUAUUCUUGCUGCACAAUUUAAAUUUAAAAAUCAGACUUGUUCCCAG